AUGAUUAGCAUGUUUAGGGCGGCAUCGUGGGCCUUUAAGGGUCUUCAUUGCACCUCAGUCCUUCUCUCAGCAAGAAUGAGCAGCAAAACGGCAGAUAGAAGCUGUACCCUGGCUGGGAAAGUGGCUGUCAUCACAGGGUCCACAAAUGGGAUCGGCUUUGCCAUCGCCAGGCGCCUGGCCCAGGACGGGGCCCACGUGGUGGUCAGCAGCCGGAAGCAGCAGAAUGUGGACCGGGCAGAGGCAGCGCUGCAGGGGGAGGGGCUGAGCGUGACUGGCACUGUGGGCCACGUGGGGAAGGCUGAAGACCCGGAGCGGCUGGUGGGCAAGGCCCUGGGACACUGCAGGGUUGUUGACAUCCUGGUGUGUAUGGCAGGGGUCAAUCUCUAUGUGGGAAGUACCUUGGGGAGCAGUGAGCAGGUCUGGGACAAGAUCCUGAAUGUCAAUGUGAAGGCCCCAGCCCUGCUGCUGAGCCAGCUGCUGCCCUACAUGGAGAACAGAGGGAACGGCUCUGUGGUACUGGUCUCCUCAAUUGGGGUCUACAUCACAGAACCUAAACUGGGUGCCUACAAUGUCAGUAAAACAGCCAUUCUGGGACUCACCAAGACCCUGGCAGGGGAGCUAGCACCAAAGAAUAUCCGGGUGAACUGCCUGGUGCUGGGAGACAUAGACACAACCUUCAGCCAAGUGCUAUUUGAGGAUCCAGUCUUUUGGAACCAUAUGAAGGCAUUCCAUGGAAUACAGAGAGUGGGUAAGCCUGAGGACCGCUCGGGACUGGUGUCCCUCCUCUGCUCUCCAGAUGCCAGCUACAUCCCUGGUGAGAACACUGUGGUGGCUGGCUUCUCACCCCACCGCUGA